AUGGGACAAGCAGGUUCAAAGCAGGAAAUGUUUUGGGAAGCUUGUGGUUUUGGCCGACCUCAUCUUGUGCAGAAGUUCAUCGAGCAUGGCAUUGAUGUCAACUGGGUAUCCUCAAUACAUGCCUGUAGCCCGAUACAUGUGGCAUCUCAAGGCAAACAUGAGGUGGUGCAGCUAUUGAUAGAUGCUGGCUGUGACCUCACUGUUGUGGAUUCUCGAGGGAACUCCGCGGUUCACCAUGCAGCCAUGCAAGGCCACGCCGACAUCAUUCAAAUGUUGUCUGAUGCUGGAGCAGACAUCAAUACCCAGGACAAGAACGGCUGGACACCCUUGCAUUGUGCUGCCUAUUAUGCUCACUCGACAGCGGUGGAGGUGCUGUUGAGAAACAAGUGUGAUGUCACCAUCCUGAACAAGGAUGGAAGGUCGGCUUUGAUCGAGACUGCCAGAUCUAAAAAUUAUGAAGACGAGAAGAUACUCGGAGAGAUCGCCAGAAAGUUGAUCAACGCUGGGUGCGACGUUAACUUGAAGUGUGCCGAUUUGGGAGAGGCAAACUUCACAGGCCUGAUGUUUGCGGCGUAUCACAAUCAUGUGGAUGUUGCCACAGCAUUUAUUGAGGGCAGCUGUGACCUGGACUGUGCUAGUUGUUACACCAAAUGGACAGCCCUGCACUGGGCAGCAGACUGUGGCAAUGCUGAGAUGGUCUACCUGCUGCUUGAUGCUGGAGCUGACCCUACUAGAACCGGAAUGAGAGGGGAAAUGGCUUCAGACAGAGCCAAGAAUGAGGAUUUAAAGGAAAUGCUUGAGAGUGCUGUUAAAAAUUGGAGUGAAAUGGAGAAGGUAGAAAAUGUCUCACUGUCGUCCGCUCACUCAUUCAAUGCUCAGGCUUCUUUGGACACCGCAAGGGCUCUGGAGAGUUUGUCCAGCCAUGCCAAGAACAGAGAUAUCCUUUCAGCCCCGAUGCCGACAAUUCCAGCCCUAGGCAUCUCCUCAAGAUCCGACCCGAAGAUUCGAUAUACAAAACGUAGUGUGAACGAAGUUGCUACCAAAAAUCUAAAUUCAGUCUUCCCAUGGAAAAGUUACUCCAAACAGGGCUCCCCCAGCCCAGAUAAAGAUGGAGUUAACAGAAAUGGAGAGGAGGAAGAAAGGAGAAAAAUGUUUCCAUCUCAGGAUGAUAAAACAAAUGCUUUCAUGGACUCAUUAGCACAGAGGAUUAACUACAUGACCAGCAAGAUUGCAUCCAUGAGCAAUUCAGUCAUUCAGGUCAACGGAAGUCAAGACCACGGACCGAGACCAACUUCUGGAGAUGUUCCCAGAAGUAAAUCCACUUACAGUGCCGAGGAUAACUCUGAAGAUUCUGGGCUACCAACCCAUGAUGUUAGUCAUGUUGCCUCAGAGUUAGCAACCCCUGACGAUGGCCUGGGCAUUCUGGGCCAGAAUGAUAACCAGACUCCUUCCAAAUGUGCCAGCCCCAGAUCCCCAAAGUCUUCCAGCUCUGCAGCAUCCUCAAAAGUCUCCAGCCCUUCCAAAUCAAAACACGAUGACUUACUGGAUGAGGAAGCUGAUGCUUGCAUAAUUGAAGCUAGCCACCGGGGUUUCUCUAUUCUCCAUGCUCUCCAGGAAAGACACCGACGGAGCAUGUAUCUGGAAGAUGUUGCCGUGGAGAAUCCACCAGUGGAAGAAAUUGUUUCCACAUCUGAAGUCUUAUCUCAAGUCUGA